AAAUCAUAUAUUUUUCAAUGAGUUUGAUUAUAAUAAGUUUUUGUUUAUUCAUUAAUCAUUUAAUACGUUUAAUUAUUUAUGGUAAUUUAAUGAAAUCACAAAUGAAUUAUUGUUAUUCAUGGAAUUUUAAUGAACCAGGUUUAAAUAAACCAGAAAAUAUUAAAUUAUUUAAAUUGAUUUAUGAACAUUUAUACAUUCCACAUCAAUAUUUACAAGGUUGUAUAUUCAUGGAAAUAUUGAUGAUAACAUUGAUACCAAUUAUAUGUUUUAUUAUAAGACGUUAUAACCAUUUAUUUGAUAAAUUAUGCUUUAAAUUAUAUAAAAUAAACGAUAUAAAACAAAUAAUAAAUAAUGAUUUAUAUGAUAAAUCAAUAAAAAUGGAUUAUAUUGAUUUAUCGAAAUUAACAAUACCAAUGAGUUCACAUGUAACAUUAAAUACUAAUGAAGAGAUUGGUAAUCAAAGUACUAUUACUACUUCUUUAUCAUCUACAAUACAAUCUUGUCAAUUAUUAACGGAUACUAUAAUUCCACCUUGUGAAUUAUUAAAAUUACAAACAUUUACAAGGGAACAAUUUGAACAAAAAUCUCAAAUAUUAAUAGAUAAAGAAUUACAUUUAAAACCUGUGUAUACAAAUAUGCCAACAUGUUCUAAUGAAGUAUUAGAACAACAAGCAACGACAACAACAACUUUUGUACCAGUUUCUAUAAAAUUAGUAAAUUUACAACCUUUAUGUUGUCAACCAUGUGAUUUAUUCACAAGUGGUACAAAAAUCUUAUCGAAACCAGAUGAUACUAUCAUAGAAUGUGAAUAUUUAAAUAAUAGUUGCAUUUAUCCUAUUGAAACUACAGGGUCAGUUGUAAAAUUACAUGUUAUAUCAGAUUCCAGUGGAUAUGAUGAAUAGUGGUAUUAUUUACAGAACUAUUAACAAAGUACAGAAUAGGAAUUAAAUGAAAUACCUUCAAUUUUUCAUGAAGUAUGGCAAGUUCUUCCACUGAUUUAGAUUAUUUCUAAAUAUUUGUGUUUAUGUUUAUAUAUAUAUAUAUGAUUGUAACUAAUAAAUAUUAUCAUAAUAAUUUGAUGAGAGUAUGAAUUUUGUCUUUAAAGUCAAAAAUUUCCUUAACAACACAUCUUAUUUAACAUAAAGAUCACGCUGUAGGUAUUCACUAGUGAGAUGUGUGUGAAAAAAUCUAUUUCUAGUACAUAAUGCUGUAGUCGGAGGAGAAGGCUCCAAUUAGUCAUGAUUAUUAUUUGUUCUAGCAUAAAUUUGUUGUUGAAUAAGAAUAAUUG